UAAUCUCUGGCUUACAAAUACCUUUCCAAGUCCAUAAAUGUACGUGUACCGGCGUGUGAUAUAUCGUGUGGGUUUCAUACUAAAAGCUAAGCAUAGUAUAUUUCAAUACAACCGCAUACUUACAUUGAUUUAUUUUUUCCGAAUUUUCAAUAAUAUAAUGUGAAGUAACCUGAUAAAAUAUUACUAACAAAUAAAUCCAAAUGCCUAAAUGGUUACCAAUACAUAGGCUUUUACAACUGAGGCUCACCAGAUAUGCUUGGAUCAUACUAUGUCUUAUAGCAAUCAUACAAUUCUUUGCCACAUACGGGUAUUACAACUAUGAGCAUUUGGAAGAGGAGAAUUUGAACAAAUAUUUGUACAAACAUGUGAACCCGAAAUUGAUGAUCAAAAAAUCAAAACCAGAAUGUAAAUAUGAGGGAAUACUUCAAAGUACAAAAACUCUGCAUACUUGGGAAGCUACAAAGACAUUCAAUGAUUUUAUACCUAAAGGAAUAAUGAAUGGCAGCUAUGCCCCCGAGGAUUGCAACCCUAUUUUCAGUGUUGCCAUAUUAGUGACAUAUAGAAACAGGCAGAGUCAGUUGGAUAUAUUUAUUCCAUAUAUGCAUAAUUUUUUAAGAAAACAGAAUAUACAUUACAAAAUAUACAUUAUCGAACAGCAAGACGACAAACCGUGGAACAAAGGAUUGUUAUACAACAUUGGAGCGAAGCAAGCCAUCGCAGAAAACUUCCCCUGCCUUAUCCUGCACGACGUAGACUUGCUACCGCUAGACGAAAGCAACUUGUACGCAUGUCUGCACCAACCCAGACAUAUGAGCGCUAGUAUAGACAAGUUUAGAUUUGUCCUGAUCUACAAGACCUUGGUGGGAGGUGUUCUGGCUAUUACUUCAGAUCAGUAUAAAAAGUUGAAUGGGUUUUCGAAUCGGUUUCAAGGCUGGGGCGGUGAAGAUGACGAUUUUGCUACACGGAUAAUGGAAAAUAAAUUAAGUAUUUUGAGAUUUCCCAACUACAUGUCGCGUUACACGAUGCUCCUUCACAAGCAGGAAGCAAAGAACUCCGCUCGAUACGACAUUAUGAGCGAAAACACCUCCAAAAGAAACAGCGAACACGACGGCUUGAACUCCGUACACUUCGAGACCAUCAGCGUCAAACCACACCGCCUCUUCACUUUGAUAGGAGUCAGGGUAUGAGCUUAGGUAUACCAAAAACUUUUUCUAAUCUGCAAAGCGAUUCUGGUAUGCAUCAAUCAUUUUAUUACAAUCGCAAUUGUUAUGAUUGGCUGAAUUUAUCGUAUUCUUGUUGCAACAAUGCAUUGUAGCCAAUAGUGAGCGAGCGUCCAUCAAUCAAAGUUGAUUGCAAUCGUGAUACUAGCUGUCAUUUUACCGUAAUCUAGCCCCUGAUAUUUAUAAGGGGAUUAUGUAUAUCAUGAUUUCACACACUAAAUUGAUAUCAAAAUUAAAGUAUGAUUAAAUCUAAUAAUGAUGAUUUUAAUGAAUCAUAUUUUUAUACACUUUCAUUGCCGAAAUGCUCAAAGUUUUGCUAAAAAAUAUAGAAUUGAAAACACCAAUAUUAAUAAAAUUCAAAUUUAAUUCAUACAUAACCAAAAUCUUAUGGGGUCUAUUAGAUGUGUUUUACUGUCAGUUUCGUCAGUUAUCAUUAACCUACAAUUUCGUGUCAUCAUGACUUGCAUCAAUCAUUCAUCAGCUAUGACUAUUGAAUUGACUGAUGCAGAACCCACUGUUUAUACUUACAGUGUUUUAAACUUUUAAUACUCAAAAUCUAGCAACAUUACCAAGAUGUUCCUACCGGGAUCCAUACCCACUAUCGUUUGGUAAGGAUCCACAUUCUAACCCCUAAAUUAAAAAAAACCUUUAGUCAGUAGGAUAAGAAAGACUAACAUCAGCGUAAAAUGAACCUAAAAAUCCUUGAUUUAAAGUCAUGUAUUCAGUACCACCGAUUUUUGUUUCUUAAGGUCCCUUGGGACACUAGCAACGAAUUUGAACUUUCGAACAACGCUAUUAAGGUUUAUAUUACUUUGACGUUAAAGUGAUUCGAUUAAUUAUCGAUUCUAUCGACAUGGGCGAGAAUUAAAACCUCAUACUAACACUACUAACAAAACUUAGCAAAAUACAGCCUAUAUUCAAUAAACCACAGAAUACUAAUGCUGAGAUCUAUAGAGUGCACUUUGACUGGCUUAAGACACGGUUAAAACGAGACAGCGCUAUACCGCUGGCAUGAAUCUGUCUCACUUUAACUGAAACUUAAGUCUAAGCAAAGUCAAAGUGCUCUCCAUAGAUUUCAACCUAAGUAAUUACUAUGCUAAGAAGUGACCUUCAUUCCCUCCGCCAAAGUGAUGGCACGGCUAUCUUUCCUUCCUAGCCUAUCGUUGUCUCGCUCAAACCUCAGCCCUACAUACAACAAAUCAACUUGUGUGCGGACAGGCCGGUGUACCGGUAGUAGUGAUAUGUAAUUAAAUCAGUUCGAUUGUAUGGAAUGAUGGGGGUGUGAUAAAACGGUCACCUUUGACCCGAGUAAGGGUAUGACUCAACUAUGAUUUUAACUUACAGGAAACUUUGAGUGAGAUUGUUUAGACUUUAGUCAGGAAACACCAAAUAGAUUAAUUGAUAAAUAUUCGCAUUAUGUAGGUACCUAUAAUAUGUGUGUGUGAUUAUAGUACAUAUAAAAUUAUAUGUUACCAGCUAAGCCUAAGUUUAAUACAGACUAGUUUGGCCUAGGCAAAACUUCAACCCAAGUUUAAUGCAAGCUAGUUCUGCCUAGGCAAAAGCUUAACCUGAGUUUACUACAAUCUACUUUUGCCUAGGCAAAUGUUUAGCCUGAGUUUAAUACAAACCUUUCAGGCUUGGUUGGUAACAUACUACAUUAUUUUAACCUCAUUUUAACAAUUAACGUUACUUUAAAAUUCAAAGUUUUCACAGUUAACAAUUAUUACUUUAAUUAUUGUUUAUAAUGGUUUAGGUAGCUGUACAGUGUGCUUCAUUUUUGGUGUGAUCUUUCUAUUAAAAUUAAUAAUUUAUUAGUCCAAAAAAAUAGGUAGGAUACCUACCAAUAGUAUUUAUAAUUUUUGUGAUAGUGUUUUACUUCACAAAUUAUACUUUUAAAAUUAGAAAUAUAUUAAAAAAACUGCUUUCUUAAGAAAAAUGUCUCUUACGACAGCUUUUUUCUUCUCUUUUGGUUGAAUACUAUCCAAGAUAAAUAAAACACACUGUAUUAUUGAAUUAUUUGCCAUUUAUAUGAAACUAACAUUAAAAAACUGGACUGUACCCAUGGUUUAACCAGCUAAAUAUAAGUCAAACCAGUCAGUUUAUGUUAAUUAUAGUAAGUUAUAAAAUCAAUCAGAACUGGCGAAUUUCAGUUUUAGGGCUAUAAUAUACGUCUAGUAACUCAAUCUUUUAUUUAGUUUUUUAAAACUUAGUUAAAAUUAUUAUAUGUAUAGAUUAUUUGUGGUUGUGUAGUUGUGGCAGCUUACCAAAAAAAACAUUAAUAAAUUUACACCUACUUAAUUUUUUUUUAAAUUAUUUAUUGUUUCAAAAGUUAAAAAAGGGUCGAAAUGAAACGAAAAAUUAGAGAAAACUUAAUUUUUAAUAAAGAUUAUUAAUUAUUAUGUAUUUCAAUUGGAUCCAGGAUCUCUAAUUGGUUUAACCAUUAAAUUACACUGCCUUUUUUCAAAAUUAAGUUAUAUUCUUAUCGAGUAUAGUUUAUUUGUGUGAUAGUAGUUUCUUAGUACUGAUUGUGUUUUAGCAUUAACUUUAUUUAAGUUAUUGUAGUUAUGUUAGUAUUGUUUUGUUCCUAAAUAUACCUACUUAUUUUAAUCAAUUAGGUAUUAAGGUCAUAUUUAAAUGUGGAUGCAUGUACAAGUAAAAAUCAAUAUGAAUGGAACUCGUUUUUGAUCUCGAAUAAAAAUAUUAAAAACAAGU